AUGCAAGAAUAUGCAGUGACCAUUUCUGUAAUAAAGAUUAUAAGGGUUAUGAUGGAGAUAGGAAGUCUUUGUUGGGUCUCUGGUUCAAUGAACUUACUGAAUAUGUUAUUCAAACGUCUAAAGUUCAUGUCACAAAGCCCUGGACCGGCUUACAAGUUGCGAUCUCUGGUUGGACAUACGGAUCAUUGUGUAACAAAACAAAAGAAUCCUGCUUAUACCAUUGGGACUGGUUACAAAUUUGUUCUAAUAGGGUCAUGUACGGACAUCCCUGGACCUAGUUACAAUUUCAAAUCAGAAUUGACAAAUACGGGCCUUCAACUUCCAAGAACUGCCCUUAUACUUGGCAGACCAAAAACUAAAGAGGUAUUACCCGGUCCCGGUCAAUAUGAGCCUAAAUUAUUAAAAUCCCUUUCUUCAAUAUCUCUGGGAAAUCGAUCAAAGUCAUCUCCAAAUCUUAACCCUCCUCCCAACGCUUACACAAUAAAUGAUGGGAUUGGAAAGAAAUGCCCUGUUCAAGGAACUCCACCUGCAAUGUUGAUAAGAAGCCGCACUGAGUUUGGUAGCAUUUACUAUCCAUCCACAAAAGCUGCAGUUCCAGGUCCUGGAUCUUACAAACAAGUUGAGAUGAAAAAGGAUGUUCCAAUUGUGAUAAAAAAUCGAUGUAAAGUGAAAGAUUAUAACACAGCCCUGAACAACCCAGCACCCGGAUCAUACAACUUGCCAAGCUUUGUGGACAAGCCAAAGGGAUUUCAUAUGGGAAUUCGUCAUUCAUCAUGUGUCAUGCCAACAUACUCUCAUGAAUGA